AAUCCUGGCAGCAAGAGGCUCGUUACGGGAAGCCCCUCCUUUUCCGUCUGGCCCGCCCGCUGCCGUUGACGUCACCGCCCUGCCUACCAAUGGCGGCGCGAGUGAGGCGCUCGAGCAAGCGGAGUGAGCCAUUAGUCAAGGAGAUGAAUGCGUCGGCCAAGCGUACCAGAGCUUACGGGGUGCGGGGGAGGGGAGAUCGCUGCUGCAACCGUGGUUCUGAGGGACUGGCAGGGAGGACGAUGGUCUGAGGCCUGCCUGCGAGCAUUGUGGAAGUAGCGCGUGAGGAGUAACUUGGUUCAAGAUGUUUUCAAAAUGGAGUUGGUCACUGCAAACCGUGUGUAUUCUCUUGAACAUUUACAUCUUCAGAGUUUCAGGUGGUACUGUAGCACAGUGUGGCUAUAUAAUUCCAGAGUCACCAGUAGUGUCCAUUGGCUCCAGUUUUACAGCAUUCUGCAUUCUCAAUGAGUAUUGUCCAUCUUAUGGCAACAUUAAUGCUCAUCAGGUUAUCUGGAAAAUUCAAACAGAGCUUGUCCCUAAAGAACAAUGUAGUGUAAUAAACCAAACAGUUUCAAGUGUAACAUUUAACGAUACCUCUACAUUGGAUUCUCCUCUGACGUGUAACAUCUUAGUAGAAGGACACUUUGAGCAGAACAUCUAUGGAAUUCACAUUCAGUUGGGACUUCCUCCAGAGAAGCCUGAGAAUUUGAGUUGCAUUGUGAUUCAAACACAAAAGAAACAUUUUAUUCAAACAUGUACGUGGGAACCUGGAAGGGAUUCAUUUCUGAACACCAAUUAUUCUUUAAAAUCUCGAUGGCCACAAACUGUGUUCCCUGACUGCAUACCCAAGGACACUAAUAAUUCUUGUACCACUUUGGAACCUAUCUUUUUUGUCAGCCUGGAAGUGUGGGUGGAAGCCAAGAAUGACCUUGGGGUAGCCGAAUCUGACCACAUUGUGUUUGAUCCUGCAGCAUAUGUAAAACCUCUGCCUCCACACAAUCUGUCCCUCAACUCAGGAAAAUUUCCCAGAGCCCUGAAGCUGUCAUGGGAAAACCAAUUUAAUGAACCACCAUUGGAGCUGAAAUUUGAAAUUCGAUACAAGAUAAUUGGCAGUAUAGGCUGGAUCAAGGUUCCUCCUGAAGACACAGCAUCACAAAGAGCUUCCUUCACUAUUCAGGAACUCAGGCCAUAUACAAAGUAUAUGUUUCAAGCACGUUGUGCACUUCAUUGGGAAAAUUAUUGGAGUGACUGGAGUAAAGAAGCAGUUGGGUUCACAAGUGAAGACAAACCAUCUAAAGCACCAGAUCUGUGGAGGAAGAUUAAUGUUGCUCGCUCGCCAGAAACCUGGACUCUGGUGCUGACAUGGAAGGAGUUGGAUCCUUCUGAAGCCAAUGGAAUUAUUUUGAAAUAUAAUGUAUCUAUUUUGGGAAAGCCACCACUUUCUUUUCGACAGGAAUUCUACAAUUUGAAUACCACCCAGCUGACUCUAAAUGUACAAAAUGGGACAUAUGAAGCAAAAGUUACGGCAUCAAACCAGGCGGGUGACUCUCCUACAUCAUUUUUGCUUAUUCCAGCAACUAACUCAAAAGCUCCUGUGAAAAACAUUACAGCAUUUCCUAAAUAUGGCAAGCUGUGGGUAGAGUGGACAGCUCCUAAAGAUGUCAAUAAAUACAUAAUUGAAUGGUAUGAACAGUGUGCCAAUUUGACCUGUGCUACUGAAUGGCAACUGGAAUCUGGAAUGAAAAAUGGCACAUUUUUAAGAGGAGACAUAAAGCCACGAAAAUGUUAUACAAUAAGUGUGUAUCCAUUGUAUUCUAAUGGUCAAGGAGAAGAAGGAUCAGUACAAGCAUACCUUCAAGAAGAUGUGCCCGCUAAAGGCCCCACUGUUCGAACAACUAAAGUUGGGAAAAAUGAAGCACUUUUAGAAUGGAAACCUCUUUCAGUAGAAGAGCAGCAUGGAUUUAUUAAAUACUACAAUAUUACUUAUGGAACAACACCUGGAAAUAAAACAGCUGUGAUUGUGGAACCUUCCAAGACGGAGUACCCACUGUCAUCCUUAUCAAGUGACACUUUAUAUACGGUGCAGGUGGCAGCAUACACAAAAAAUGGAGGAAAAAAGGGUCCUACUUUUACAUUUACUACAAAGAAAUUUGCGGAAGGAGAAAUUGAAGCAAUUGUUGUCCCUGUAUGUCUCGCAUUCUUGCUAUGUACUCUUUUAGGUGUAUUAGUUUGCUUCAACAAACGAGAUGUCAUCAAGAAGCACAUCUGGCCUAAUGUGCCUGAUCCUUCUAAGAGUGUUAUUGCUCAGUGGUCACCACAGACUCCAUCCAAGCAUUUUAAAUCCAAAGAGCAGAUCUAUCCAGACGGCAGCUAUACUGAUGUCAGUGUGGUAGAAAUUGAAGCUGAUGACAAGAAGUCUUUUUCUGAACAGGACCUUAAGCCUUUUGACUUGCUUAAAAAGGAAAAAAAUGCCUCAGAAGGACACAGCAGUGGUAUAGGGGGAUCAUCCUGCAUGUCAUCUCCUCGACAAAGUGUUUCUGAUAGUGAUGAAGGUGAACCUGCUCAGAACACUUCCAGCACAGUGCAGUAUUCAACCGUUGUACCCAAUGGCUACCGGGACCAGACACCUCCAGUGCAAGUCUUUUCCAGGUCAGAGUCUACCCAACCUCUGCUAGACUUGGAGGAGAGGCCAGAAGACCAUCUAGUGCUGGGAAGUGACAACUCAACACCAGGACAUUGCUAUUUCAAACAGAAUUGUAAUCAGGAUGACACAAUCAUGGAUGAGUCUCAUUUGGAAAGGGUAAAACAGAUUUCUCCAAUAAGUGAGGAAGAUACUGCUGGAUUUCAGACUUCUCAAAUGUAUGGCUCUCGCCCUGAGAGAGAUGAACAUGAUGUCAUAGCAGGCACCUUCCACCCAAGCCUUGAGGGACUAGCUUCUCAGUUUGAAACUAUGAGAGCAAAUGCAGUGACGGAUGAUGAGAUACCAAAGUGUUAUUUACCACAGACGGUGAACCAGGGUGGUUAUAUGCCCCAGUGAAAAAGAGAGACCGCCUCCUGAUAGGUUUCCAGUUGAUAAUGUUACUUUGUUCUUAUAUGUUAAACUGUUUUAAAUCUUGCAUCUGCUGAACAAUUCAGGUUCAUUUAUAGAGGAGACUGUGGACAGUGGGUUUAGGGACUUUGACCAGAUGUUUGAUUGGAAGUUUCCAGCUAUUCUUACUGAAAUAAUCCUUCAAGCACUACAUCUCAUUCAACUUUUCAGACAAAUUUGUUGCCUUUCAGUCCUGAAGCACCCUGCUGCAUUUUAAUGUAGAAUGGAAGACACACCUCAUUUUGUCAGUGGUGAAGGCAUAGAAAUGGAGACUGACUGUAAAUACCUCCUUACAAUUAGAUCAUGAAGAGAUGAAGAGUACUACAUUAUGAAUAUGUUCUUUUCAUUAGGCUAGUUGCCAACUUUUUAAAAGUAAAAGUACCUUAUUUUAUCUUGACUGAUUGUUUUAAAUUAAUCUAGAGACCAAAACAGUGGUCCAUCCAUGGCCAAACUUAGUGGUUUAUAACAGAAUCAAAAUAUUAAAUGGGGGUCUAAUAUCCCCAGAUUAACUAACUAGAAAGACUCCGUUUAUUUUGGGAUGUACCACAUUCCAGUGUGGCCUCCUUGCCAGUCGAGAACUACAAACCAAUGGAGUGAAAUAUUUUUUCAUUUAUAUGAAUCAUGACUGUCAAAAUGCUAAUACUACCUUGAAUGCCAGUAUUUCAUGCCUAUCUUGCAAUUUGAGCCAAAUCUACUGACAUUUGGACGUAUUUGGAACUCAACCCUGUACAGAUAAAUAUCAAUCAGAAAAAAAUAUGUGCAUUUAUUUUUUGCAUUUUACCAGGAUAGGCUUAUGAAGUAAAUAUAUUUAGUAUUAGAUAAUGAAGUUAUAUGGCAAAUGCAUUUUUAAGGGGGAAAGUCCACUGCUCUUUGUGACUGCCAACACCAGGUUCUAGUAUUAUCUGCUGCCACUGGUUGAUGUUAUGAAUGCUUAGAGCAGUACAAUUAACUGCAGAGUCAUUGAGGACCCUAGAAGACCUCCUGAAGAACUGCAAUAUCGGCACUCUGCAUGGAGAAUUUUCUCUUCCAUCAUUGGAGAAAUCUGAAAACAUUUAUUGAAAAUCCUAUUUGUAUUUACUAUAAAAUCAUUAAGUUGGGACUGAUUCUGACGCAAUCCAGAAACACUACCAUUUUAGUAGGAAAUAAAAGUUAAUAUGAUUCUUCCUCAACAGUUUAACAAUGUGUAAGUGGUUAUAUUUUGAAAUUUUAGUGGCUAGAGAUUAUAUUUUCUUCCCAAGCUGUUGCACUGUAAUUGGUGGCUAUGUUGAAGAUUGGCCAGUCAAUCAAACUGCCAGCUCAAAGAAAGGUAGCUGUAAAUCACUUUUGAAUGUUUUCAGAGGGCUUCAUCUAAAAAGAAAAUACUCUGGUUGGUUCAUAGGCUAUAAUAAUGAUAAUUUGUGCCAUAACCUCCUUAGAAUUCUUGUUUAUGUUGAGAUAGGCAUACUCUUUACCUGCUUGUACCUCAGGGCUCCUUAAUGUAACUUACAUGUAAUUAUACUUUCAUCCAGUGCUUUAAAAAUGCAAUGAAUGCUAGCCUUUUUAUUUAAACCAUAGUAUAUUGCUAUUUGGCUAUUCUUCAGAAACAAAUCUUCAAGUUUGCCUUUUUUUCAAGUCUUGAACCUUUAUUCAAAGUUAAGAUGGUGAAUAGUAUUCUGUGUCCUUAACUAAGGCUUGCACUCAGGUCCUGCUUGCGGGCUUCCCCCGGGCACCUGGUUGGCCACUGUGAGAACAGGAUGCUGGACUAGAUGGGCCACUGGCCUGAUCCAGCAGUCUCUUCUUACGUUCUUAAGGCUGCAAUCCUAACCCCACUUACCUGGGAGUAAGCCCCAUUGAAUUCAAUAGGACUUGCAUCUGAGUACACAUGGUUAGGAUUGAGCUAUCAGAGCUUGUCCUAGUAAAAUAAAUGGAAACUUCUCCGUGACAAAAACGGUGAAGUGUGACCAUAAUGCACAGUGGAAGGCUGUCUCCUGUGAAAAUUCAUCUCGGUAGAAUAUAACACCUUGUCUCUUCUUCACUUUUUCUGAGACUUCUUUCCAUAGUGGAAUGCCUCAAGUCUUAACUGUGUGAAACCUGGUAUCACAAGUGUCAGAAUCCCAUUUUCAUGCCUGUACUGUCAGUCUUCUACAGUUUAAUUCUCGUGAUACUGUCCAAGUCAUUUAUACAGAGCAUUUAUCAGGGCUAUUCUACAAUCAUCUUAAUUCAUAACAAAUUAUUUUAACACACAUUAUUAGUUUCCUGCUAAUCACUCUCCAAAAUUAAAAAAAAAUCUUAAGAAAGUGAUGGUUGUGAUGUAAUGGAGAUGCUUGUGCAACUUUUUAUUGAACAUUUUCACAAAUUUAUCCCAGGGUAUGGUAUGAAAGUAUGUGGAGCCAUCACGUUGCUAAAGCUAAGCAGAUCUGGAUCUGAUCAGCACCUGAAAGGGGGGGCUGCCUAGGAGCUACAUGUGCACUGCCUUGGGUUCCAUGAUGGCAGAAAGGCAGGCUAUAAAUUUAAGAAAGUAAAUUAAUUUUGACUUAUAUGCAGAAUAUAUUUAUCUUCCCCUUGUUCCAAUUUACAUGUUGAUGUUAUUUCAUUCUUCAUCAUUCUAAAUACAUAUUCUCUCUUGAAGAAUUGUUAUAUAUUACACAGAGUAUUGACAUUUGUUCAUGACAAAUGACAUUUAUAUGGGGGCAAGGUAGAGGCUGUCUUGAUCAACUCAGAAUCCUGUUCAUGACUACUUAGACAUUCCAUGGUGUUCAAUGGAGCUUGCUCCCAAGUGAAUACUGAAUUCUAACUUUAAGUUUGCAAUCCUGUUCCUUGUCCCAUUGACAUCAGUGGGACUUUACUUCUGAAAUUUUGCCACUGUACAGAGGAAAGAUGUCCAUUUACAGGCACAGUUUAAAUCCAAACUGCACCUACAAAUGGACACUUAAUUAUGAUGCCAAGUGACCACAUCCAUGUCAAGAGUACUGUGAGUGAGUUGCAAGCCAAGCAAUUUGGAAACCGCAGCCACAAAUGGGUUAGAAAUCACAGGCUAAUCCUAAACAAGGAUGAAUUGCAUUUGUGGCUCCAGAAUGAAAAUGUUCAAGUGGUUGGCUUUCACUAAAUACUGUUCUGAUCUCAAAAUAAUGAUCUAGUGACCCUGUCUUUGCAUUCCAGCUCCUCUAUGUCAAAUGCAGUUAAGGAAAAACAAGUCCUAGAUCUAGACUACACUGCCCAGUUGCCCUGUUGUUAAGCUAAGGUUCAAAAGCGUUGCUGCAUUUGUCCAUGAGUUUUAUUAAUGUGGUCUGUGGCAUAUCUGCCUUAAAUAUUUUUACUGAAUUUUAAUUGUAUUUCACUGGUUUUAUUUCUUAAUGCUAUUACAACUUGCAUUCCAUAGAAUUCAAACUGUAAUAUAAUAAAAUACAAAUCAUACAGGAUCUAGCACAGAGCAUUACUGUUGCUACAACAGGCAGAAAAAGCAAGACAUUUGCCUAUUUUCAAAGAGUCUAUGGGGAGGGAAUAGUUUGGGAACCACUGCAUUACUGGGAUGUUUAUGUUCCCAGGAAUUGUUGAAUUUAUGGAAUGAUGGCAUGUACAGCAAUAUAGAUGAAGAAUAUGAACAAAAGAGCCUGCUGGAUCCAGCCAGUGGCCCAUCUAGUCCAGCAUUCUGUUCUCACAGUGGCCAGCUCGAUGCCUCUGGGAAGCCCACAAGGAGGACCUGAGCGCAACAGUACUCUCCGCCUCUCCUGUGGUUUUGAGCCACUUGUAUUCAGUAGCAUACCGCCUCAGUGCAGGUAGAGCAUACCAUCAGGGUUAGUAGCCUAAAAGCAGUCAGUUUUGUGAUAUUAGAGAAUCCUUUCGUUUGGGAAAACUCCAAACUUGAAAACAUUAGGAUUUUUGGUAGAAAAAAUUUUUAUAAAGAGGCUGCUAUUCCAUGUCUGCUUGGAUAUGAGGUAUGAUAGCUACAUGCAGAGGUAUUUGCCGAUACUGAAAUAAAUUUGAGAAAGCUUCUAGCAAUAACCCUUGCUAUUAAGCUGCUGGGUCUUUCUCAAUUUAACCUGGAUGCCCAAACAAGACUUUGAAGACUUUCCUUAAGCUUAGGUUAUGCAUGCCGCCUUACUGCUCAAUACACAGUUCUAACCUUGAAACAGAAAGACUGAGAUUUUGCUUGGUUUGGCCGCAUCGAAGCUAAUUUAUGACAACAAAAAUGUCUCCUAGUGUUGCUUGCCUUCCUCAGCUAUGUCACAUAUCAAAUUGCCUGCAUCCAGCUACAUAACAGGCAAUGUAAGGUAAAAGCUUACCUACAUGUUAUACAUGUAUCCUUGUGGUUUAUCUCUUCACAUGCUUCCUCCUGUGACCUGCUUACUCUGUAUUGAGAAAGCAGCACUUGAUGACACUGACCUGAAACACUGCUUUCAACUGAAAAACACAAAACCAAAAAAAUAGAAAGCCUUUGUUUUUAAACCAGAAUUUUUAUGAAGGAAACCAAAGUCAAAAUUUGAGGGUUUUUUUUUGCCAGCCCUUUGUGUGAGGGGGAAUUGUGUAAUAAAAUUCUACAUGCAUGCAAUGUUGUACAUUUUAGAUUUCAAACUAAUAGUUAUUGUUGGUCUGAGUAUGACUUAUGUUAACUAACCGUUGGAUAAUUUAUAAUGCAUGGAUUUAAACAAUAUGCAAUCUGAUCCUAUGCAUGUGUAGUCAGCAUAGCAAUAAGUCUGAGUUCAGUGGGACUUGCACAUGGAUGUGCAUAGGAUUGGAGUCAGUGAGGUUAAAUUUAAAUUCAAUGACAUCUCUGCAACCUCCAGGCACAGAUGUGCUGAAGCAAUGCAUCCCUAUACACUGAGUGAUAUUUAUACAUAGGCUAUGCGAAUUGUAGGUACAAUGUGGGUUCAGUAACAGAUCACAUGAUACAUGCAUGCUGUUCUCUGUAAUAUGUAAUACGCCCAUUGUCUCCUUCCCACCGAUAUUGCUUCAUACUGUUUGUUGACUAAAGUGAUGGAUCAACAAAAUGCAUCAACAAAAUGUUUGGAGACGUACAACGCUGUGAAAAAGUAUUUGCCCCGUUUGUUCACUCAGCUUCCCUUUUCUCUAAUAUUAGGUUUUGGUUCAAGAUCUGAUAACAUUCAGGGCCAAAAAUAUGCAACAAUGCAGAAAAUCAAACAGGGCAAAUACUUUUCAUGGCAUUGUACGUGGCUGGAGCAUUAGCUAGAGAACAAUGUCUGAGUCUGCAAACAAAAAAGUAAAACAUCUGUGAAAUUUUGAUGAGUGUCUUGUAACUUGCUGCUUUUUAUAGAUACUGUUACAGGAUUGGGAUGGAUGGUGUCUUUAAGACCCCUUUCAAGCCUCUGAGUUUGAAUCUGUAUAGAUGGAGAGCAACCUGCUGAACUAGUCACACUAAUUCCUUUCUUAAUCAUUCUGGUCUCUGCGUGGUGGGCUGAUCUGCAUAUCAAAAAAUGUGGCCCAGAGUAGUCCUGUUAUGUGAACUCUUUCAGGAGAGAGGGCCUCCUCCCGGCUAACUUGACUGGAAAAUAGAAGUUCAUAAACACUACAUUUGAACGUUGGCUCAGAGUAAUGCAUUUUAUAUUUGCACAGUGCUUAAGCUUGUAGCAGGGCUUGCCUAUGCUGCAGCUUGCUGCAACCAUUUUCAGUCUUUUACAUUCCUAAUUAAGAAUACUUGCACUGUCUUUGAGUAGCCACAGCUGCCAAACUGGAACCCUUGACAAGGUUUCUCUAGUUUCUCUUGAUGUGAUCUUUUGUGUCAGCCAAGACCCAAGAGGAAAGAUCAAAGAUGAGGCAGAGCUUUGGCGUUACAACCAUUCAACUUCAAUAUGCCACAUUUUAGUGAGGAUUUCUUUCCACUUAAAAAAAAAAAAGGAAGCUAUGCAAACAUAACUUUCAAGUGUGCCUGGAAUAAUUUGCAGAAGUUCUUGGACAGCUGCUUCUGGUCACUGACAGUCAAUUCAGCUCCAGCUAAGCACGGCCUUGUAGUAUAGACAAGCCCUUGGCUUUUCUUUAUAUAAAAACAUGAUACCCAUCCUCAUCUCUGUAUAAGUGCAUAUUUGUUGUCCUAGAAGUGUUGUGAAAGCUAUUAAGUUAGUGUUUGUAUUUUUGUAGCCUUCAAUGUCUUUCUCUGGAUCACCAUGUAUGUACAUGUAUGUUGUUUUUCUAUCUAAAUAAGAUUAUAAAAAAUAAAAAGUAUCUUUUUGUUUCUCA